AUGUCCGAAUCAACAUCCGCAGCGCCCGUAAAGAGCCUCAACGAGUGGCACAGCCCGUCCAGCCGGACAGAGGUCAUCCACGAGCUCAUCCACGGCGUCGACCGAUACAACCCUACGAACCUGUCAUAUAUGGAGGAGUACCUCCAAGCGCAGGUCCAAAGCGGGGAAUAUGAUCUCCUCGCAUACCUUGCCGUUCUGAAAUUGUACCAGUUCAACCCCCACAUGUCAAAUCCCGACAUCAUCACCCACAUCCUCCUCAAAGCGCUCUCGCACACCGUCCACGGACCCGACUUCACUCUCUGCCUCCACUUGCUCCGGGAACCAGCGGCCAUCUUGUCCGAUAUCGACUCGGACGACCAGAGUCUGGUGGUUGUCUUGCCAUUCUUGCAAAAGCUGCAUCAGCUGAGCCGGACGUGCCAGUUUACGCAGUUCUGGUCGGAACUGAACGGCGAGUCUGAGGGUGCGAGCACCCUGCGCGAUGUCUACCUCCCCCAAAACCCUCAUUUCACAUCUACGACUCAGCUCAACUUUGCCCGCUCCAUCUCUUCUAGCUUCUCACGGAUAAAGACGGCGCAGCUCGCGCGGUGGUUGGACCUGUCAGAGGGGGAGGUCAAGCAGUGGGCUGAAAAGGCGGGAUGGAAGGUGGAUGGCGAAAUGGUGGCGAUUCCAGGAAACGGAGACAACGAUGUCAAGGCGGGUGUGGUGAAUGAGCAGGUCGAGCUGAGCCAAUUGACAAAACUUAUCGCUGCUGCGGCUUACUAG